GUGCUGGUGUUUUUUUAUUUUUUUUUAUUUCGUCUGUUUUUUUCAUGUUGUUGUGAAGGAAGAUGGCGGUUUUUUUCAUGUUGUUGUGAAGGAAGAUGGCGGUUUUUUUCAUGUUGUUGUGAAGGAAGAUGGCGGUGUCCGCCGGGCGUGGCCCUGGCCCUGGGCGGGCACGCCGCCUCCAGCCAUGCCCUACGAGGCAGGCACCAAAAACGGCUGGGCAGCGAAAACCGCAAUGAUAGGGGAGGGGGCAUUUUUUUUUCUGCCGCCCCACACACCACAAGGCCCAGCCCGAGCCCGGCCGCCUGCUGGCGCCUGGGCGUCUAACCGGGAGCCGGGCCAACAACCCAGGCCCAGUACCCAGGCCCGGUACCCAGGCCCAGUACGCAUUGUCUUAUAUCUGCGCGGCCUCGCUUUCGCGCCCGUUUCCCUGGCCUCGCUUUCCAGGCGGGCGACUGUGCAGCCCGCACCCCUGGAGCCAGGCCAAUAGAAAAAAACCGCGCCGGGCCGGCAGGCGGCCCUACAGGCCCUGUCCUCAGAACUCGCACUGCGUCCUCAGAAGUCGCACUACU